AUGGCAUGUUUAGAUGAAGUCUUGGUAGUGAGUAAAUUGCGAGAUCUGAGACCAGAGGAGCAGACGAUGCAAGUAGCAUCCGAGCUUGCUCUUUUCCCUUCCUCCUCUCUGCAUUUAAAAUUUUCUGCUGAAUGGAACUCAGCGUUACUCUCCAUAUUUCUUCCAUCUGUAUUAAUUGUUACUCUAGUAUUUUUCGCCCAAUGGAAAAGGAGAAAGGUCCAGAUAUUGGUUUCCUUGUCCGCAAUUAUGUGCAUUCUUGUUUUG